AUGGAUGAGAACGAGAUGGUCAGUGUCUUCUUGCAAGCCCAAGAGGCUGAUGACUUCCAAAACAUGAUGUCUGCUAUGGGCAAGCCAUUUGUUGAAGCUAUAAAGAUUGGAGAAAUGGUAGAGAAUGGUUUGAAAAUAGGUCGUAUCCUGAGCCAGUCAGCUAUAAGAGCCACCUCUCAAGAAAUCCAGAGCGGGUCGGGGGCUACAGCAAACCGAAAAAAGAAAGAAGAGGUAGCAAUGAUGACCUCAAGUCUGAGAAAUCCUCAUCAACCCCGAGGGGCCGAGGGGCAUGAUACUGAAGGUUGCUGGACCCUUAAGAGAGCAAUCGAGAACCUGAUAGAGCAAAAGCGGAUAGUUUUGAGGGAUGAGGAGAUUCCCAAUGUUACCAAUAACCCACUGCCGGCUCACAACAACGGGCCAGUUAUUGGGAUGAUUUGUGAAGACAGAGAGUUCAACCCAGCUUUGAAGGCUAUCAUUGCUAUCGUCCAUGUUGAAAAGAAGACCAAAGCUGCAGCAAAGCCAGCUAAAGACGAGAAGAAAAGCAACUCCACUCCUCAAAGAAUAGAAAAGACUGUGGAGUCCCAAACAGGGGCAGUACCUCCUAAAGAUGUCGUUCUUUAUGUUCCCAGGGCCCCCAGAAAAGAACAAUUAGUGUUAAGUCCCCCCAAAAGGUUUGAGCUAGACAAGGGACCUAAGAUGUACGUACCAAAGGGGAUUUAUGUGGCGCGGGAGCCGAUAAUUUCACCCAGGCUGAAUGAGCCUGUGGUUAUCAGCCGCGCACUACAGAAUCCCAUGAAGGACCCCACUGCCGUCCCAUGGAAUUAUAACAAAACAGUGGUAACGUACAAAGGAAAAGAAAUCAUGGGGGAAGUGAAUGAAACAAACCCUUCUAGGGAGUACCUUAAUCUGGAAGAGUUGAACAAGACCAAACAGAACCGUUUCCCGCUUAAAAAGCCAGUCAGUGCUGAAGAGGCAGAGGAAUUCUUACGAAAGAUGAAAACCUCGGAGUAUGAUGUAAUUUACCAACUCCGGAAGUCUCCCUCCAGUCGAAAUGACUUGCCUCCGGAAGGGGCUGCCCACAACAUAGCUCUCCAUUUGACUGUUAAAUGUGAAGGAUACUACGUGAAGAGAGUUAUGUUGGAUGGCAGAUUUGGGGUCAACAUCUGUCCUCUCUCGACCUUGCAGAGAAUGGAAAUUGGGACUGAAAGAAUUAGGCCCAACAAUAUUUGUGUACGCGCUUUUGAUGGCGUCAAAAGAGAUACCAUAGGGGAGAUUGAUUUAAUCCUAACUAUCGGCCUUGUGGAUUUUGAAGUGACAUUUCAAGUUUUAGACAUGGACACCUCCUACAAUUUCUUCCUAGGAAGGCCUUGGAUCCAUGCUGCAGGUGCCGUACCUUCUACUCUUCACCAGAUGGUUAAAUUUGAAUACGAAAACCAAGAAAUCGUGGUCCAUGGAGAAGAUGAGUAG